UUAACGGAUAACUCGGGUUUUGGCAAUAUUGCAACAACUGUGGAGCAGCUUGCAAACAGCUGUGUAGUCGCUGCGCACAAAACACAGCCUUGGUUGUUGCUGACAAACAUGUCAGAAACAUCAAGUGACACUGAGUCCUCCUGUGGCUGGACCAUUAUCAGUAAUGAGGGCUCAGAUAUAGAGACACUGGGAUCGGAGGCUGCGGGCGAAUAUGGAGCUGAGCUGGUGGAGCGGCCCACUUUGGAAGAACCACAGCUGCUGGAAUCACAAACCUCAGUAUCUGCUGCUCUGUGUGUUGAAGAUACACCUGCUGAUUCUCUUGACGACACACUGGGAGAACGGGCUGUAGAUGAGACACUGUGCGGUUCUGAGUUUCAUGUCUGUCUGCAGGCUGGAGGUGGUUCUCCAGUCAGAGAGCAGGUCUUCUCCUCCAGUGAUCACUCUGACAUUGUGACUCUGAGGGACCUGAAGGAGGACGAGCACGCAGAGGAGAAGGAAGAGGAGGAGGCAGCCAGCACUGAGGAGAAUUACCUCGGCACCUCCAGCAGCAGUCAUUACGCCUUCACUGCUGCAGAGACGGCUUUCCCAGCGCAGCAGCCAGCGGUGACAAACUCAAGCAGCAGCGACGACGAGGUCGGACGAAGCUCCACUCCGGUGGUACGAAGACGAAGGGUUAGGAAAAAUACCACGAGCGUUGUGACUGAUCCAGAGGAGGACGAGGAGGUGCUGCCAGAGUCGCAGUCCAGUGAGGAAGAGCAGCAGCCUGAUUGGGUGGAGGGGAGACCGAACGCUGCUAACGAGGACCAAGAGCAAAGCCGAGGCGGGAACGUCCUCAAAAGAUGCAUCCUGGUCGCCCUCAUCAUCGCCGUCAGCAUGGGCUUUGGACACUUCUAUGGCACGGUCCAGAUUCAGGAAAGGCAGAAAACUGUGGAGAAAACCAGAGGGAUUGAACACCCGGAGGUGAGGGGUCUACUUGAGCAACGUAUCAGAGAUGAGCAUUUAACAAAGCAGAGGAGCGACUUUGGUCCAGAUGACCUUGAUGAGCAGCAGGUUAUUAAUUUCCUCUCAGGAGUGAUUGAAAAAGCAAAGGAAGAAAACCAGGAGCUCAAAGCAAAUCAAGUUCACAUCCAGGUUCAGAGAGAUAACCUGGAGCGGAUGCUGAAACAGACCGAGGAGGAGAGGAUUGAAAUCAUGUCUCUGCAGCAGAGUCUCUCAGAUGAAAACGUCCAGCUGAGAAACUCCAUGGCACGUAAGGAAAAGUCUCUGUCUGUCCUGCAGGACGAGUUGAGAAACCUGCGCUCCCAAAUCAGAGAUCUGGAGGCGAGGGGAGCUGGAGCCGAUUCUCUGCUGUCUGAAAACCAGAGGCUGAAAGAGCAGCUGGAGGGGGAGCAGCAGACCAUCAGAAACUUCCACCUUCAGAGGGAAGACAUGACGGCUGAAGCUCACAUGCUGAGGAAGAAGCUGGAGAAAGAGAGCAAGGUCACGGAGGAGCUGAGGAGGGAGCUGACCGCUCUGAGGAGCCACGUUUCUGAAUCUGACAGGCAGAGUGCUUCAGAAGCAGGAGGUUUGGAGAAACGUCUGCUGGAUCUGGAGAAGAGGCUGAGCUUCGAGCAGCAGCGCUCCGACCUGUGGGAGAGGCUGUACGUGGAAACCAAGGCGGAGAAGGUCAAAGGAGACCGAGAAUCCAAAGUGAGGAGAGCUAAACAGGGAAUGGCCGGGAAGAUGAAGGAGACAUUCGAUGCUGUGAAAAACUCCACCAAGGAGUUCGUCCACCACCAUAAGGAGCAGAUUAAGAAAGCCAAGGAGGCUGUGAAGGAAAACCUGAGGAAGUUCUCUGACUCCGUCAAAUCAACUUUCAGACACUUUAAGGAUUCAGCCUCGACGUUCAUCAACAAAGCCCAGGGAUUUUACAGCAAGAAAUGUGACAGAGCAAACACAGAGGAGUCCUGGCAGCACAGAGCGCAGAAACCCAGACGCACACCCGACUCCUUCCAGAACCAGUGCAACACACGGAAAUCAGCCGGGAAGGUUGUCCAGGACGAGGACGAGCGCAGCCACAAGAGCAGCAUGAAGGGCUGCACCGGCGUCUUCGACUGCGCCUACCUGGAGUCCAUGAGCCUCUUCAACAAAGCCACCGAGCCGAUCCGAGCCGAAGAGUUCGACCUCCUGCUGCAGAGCUACCUGCAGCAGGAGGUCGACCACUUCUACCACUGGAACGAACUCAGGACGUUCAUCAACGACUUCUUUCACAACGGACUCUUCAUCCACGACCGCAUGCUCUUCACAGACUUCGUAGGCAGAGUGGAGAGCUACCUGAGCGACAUGCGUGAAUACCGCCGCCUGGACGGCGACGUGUUCGGAGACCUUGAUGACUAUAUCUACAGGCACUUCUUCGGAGAAGGCUACGCCAGGAGCUACGGUCCGCGGGGGCCGUUUCAGAGAGCUGAAGACCCAAAGGAAGAGUGGAGGGCGAGGAAGCAGCCGAGGGGUAAAUCUCAUCCUCACUGCGGUCGGAGGUGGAGCCGAUCAGGAAGAAACGCAGACAGGCACAUGGCUGAUGUUAAAAUCGAACUGGGCCCAAUGCCCUUUGACCCCAAAUACUGAAAAUAAUUCAUGAUAAGGGUUUCCCUUAAAUUGUGAGUUUUAUUUUUUGACGCACAUCCUCUAUUUUUUUUUUUUUUUGUAAGUUUGCACAAUCCUUGUCGAGCUGCUGAAUGUCCCACAGCUGUUCUGUGUUUAACAAUUUAAAGGUUUCACUUUCCUUAUGAAUCCUGCUAAAUUAACAUACAUCACAAAAAAUAAAACAAAAUAUCAUGUAAGAGGAAAAUUUAACAUAACUUAUAAUGAUAUACCAGGCCAAACUCAAUCCUAGAGGUGUUUAGUUUGUAGCCGGUUGGUGUUUUGGUUCAGAUCAGCUUUCAGAGUUCAGACGCUGUUUUCUAACAUUCCACCUUGUUUUAACUGGACCUGCUUGUUUUACUUCAGCUUCAAGUGCUUCUCUGACAAAAGACUGGAAAUCAACAACUAAUUCACUGUGGUUGGAAAUGAGAUUUUAAAACGGAAACAUUGGAGUUUAAAAUAUUUAUUACAGUAGCAAAUUGUUACAUUUUCCUUGGCGUUUCUGCUAGGUUUUUUUUUUCAGUGCCUUUCAUAAAUAAAAAUGCUUCCUCCAACUCUUCCCUCGGGAAUGUGAGUGUGAAAUAUC